GAAAAACAAAGAAAAAACAACGUAUCAUUUCAGAAGUCCGAUGCCCCUCCUUGCCGCUGUCUCCCACCUCUCUUAAUCGCAUCCUUUUGAACUUUCUCGGAAAGUUUCUCUCCCUCGCAUCGGUUUCCCGGGAAAAUGCUGUGAAAUUCUCAAGCAUGAGCUCGUCGGAAGCAAAAAUGAGGGGAUCUAUGUAUGUAGACAACGCGAACGCCCCGUCAACCUCAGGUCCACCGCCUCGCGCCCCUCAGGCUGCGCCGACCCACCCGAAUUCCAAGCACAGUGGUGGCAAUGUGUUUCGACUCUUGGCACGAAGAGAGGUUUCUCCUCGAACAAAGCACUCAUCAAAACGAUUUUGGAGAGAAGCUUUUAACUCGCAAGUUGAUUUUUUUGGGUCAAGGUGUGAAGCAAUGCGAGAUGCAAGAGGAGGUCUUGUCUCAUGGGUGGAGGCAGAAACAUUGCGGCAUCUAUCAGCCAAAUAUUGUCCACUGUUGCCACCUCCUAGGUCAACUAUAGCGGCAGCCUUCAGCCCUGAUGGGAGGACGCUUGCUUCUACACAUGGAGACCAUACCGUGAAGAUUAUUGAUUUCCAAACUGGGAGCUGCUUAAAGGUUUUGAAUGGUCACCGGAGAACCCCUUGGGUGGUUAGGUUUCAUCCAUUAUAUCCUGAAAUACUUGCAAGUGGAAGUUUAGAUCAUGAAGUUCGUUUGUGGGAUGCAAACACUGCAGAGUGUAUAGGAUCACGUGAUUUUUAUCGUCCUAUCGCUUCUAUUGCCUUCCAUGCUCAGGGGGAGCUCCUUGCUGUGGCUUCAGGUCACAAGCUGUAUAUAUGGCAUUACAACCGGGGAGGGGAGACAUCCUCACCAACCAUUGUACUGAAAACACGCCGGUCUCUUCGGGCUGUGCAUUUUCACCCACAUGCAGCCCCUUUUCUUCUAACUGCUGAGGUCAAUGACCUUGACUCAUCAGAUUCCUCGAUGACGCUUGCAACUUCUCCAGGUUACUUGCACUAUCCUCCACCCACAGUGUACUUGGCUGAUGCUCAUUCCAAUGAUCUUCCUUGUUUGGCGGAUGAACUUCCUAUAAUGCCUUUGCCCUUGUUGAUGUUGUCUUCAUUUGCUAGAGAUGAUGGUAGAAUAUCUUUGCAGCAUACUUAUGGGGAUGUUGGUUCAAGUGGUGUGCAACAGAGAGCGGAUCCUUCUGCUUCAGUGCGACUUCUGACAUAUUCUACUCCAUCAGGGCAGUAUGAACUUCUUCUGUCUCCUAUAGAUCCUAAUAGCUCAUCUGCUGUGCCAGAAGAUAUGGGAAACGAUUCUCUAAUGAGUGAAACAGAUAAUGCAAUUUCUCAAUCUGCUAUAGAUGCCAUGGAGACUAUGGAAGUGCAGCCUGAAGAGAGAAAUAAUCGCUUCUUCCGUUUUGGUGACCCAAUGUAUUGGGAACUACCUUUCUUGCAAGGGUGGUUAAUUGGCCAGAGCCAAGCUGGGCAACGAACCAUGGGUUCAGUCAAUGCUUCAGCUCAUGAGAAUUUAUCAGCAUUUAGUGAAAUGGAAAAUCUUGUAACUUCUUCGGUUAUGCCCACUGGUGUUAGCCAAUCUAGGGUUACUGGAAGAUCUAGUUCACGGCAGCAUUCUUCACGUUCCCGCCUGAUGGCCACGACUGGAUCUGGUGAAGGUGCUGGCUUUAAUCACAUGUCACGUGAUGAAGGUGAUCCUCAACUUGCUGUUAGCAGAAUCCAAUCUGAACUUGCAACCUCACUGGCUGCAGCUGCUGCUGCAGAGUUACCUUGCACUGUGAAGCUAAGAAUAUGGCCGCAUGAUGCAAAAGAUCCAUGUGCUCCUCUAGAUGCAGAAAAGUGCCGCUUAAUCAUACCACAUGCUGUACUUUGUAGUGAAAUGGGUGCUCAUUUUUCACCCUGCGGGAGAUUUUUAGCAGCCUGUGUUGCAUGCAUGCUGCCUCAUCUGGAAGCUGAUCUAGGAUCGCAAAGCCAGCUCCACCAUGACAUCACAGGGGCUGCUACUUCCCCGACUCGACACCCAAUUUCAGCUCACCGAGUUCUGUAUGAGCUUCGGAUAUAUUCCCUUGAGGAGGCAACAUUUGGCUCCGUGCUGACUUCUCGGGCAAUACGGGCUGCCCAUUGUUUAACUUCAAUUCAGUUCUCUCCCACAUCAGAGCACUUGUUACUUGCCUAUGGUCGUCGCCAUAGUUCACUUCUUAAGAGUGUUGUCAUUGACGGAGAGACAACAGCACCCAUUUACACGAUUCUAGAGGUUUACAGAGUGUCUGAUAUGGAACUUGUGAGAGUUAUUCCUAGUGCUGAGGAUGAGGUCAAUGUAGCCUGCUUUCAUCCUUCAGUUGGAGGUGGCCUUGUCUAUGGGACUAAGGAAGGGAGACUUAGGCUCCUCCAAUGUGAUGGUUCUCAUGCCAUGAAUUGUGCACCAUCUCGCUUUCUUGAUGAAAACAUGCUUGAGGUGAGUCAACAUACCCAUGUAUUUAUACGGGUACUUGUUCGAGGAUGGCAAUCUUUGUUUACCCAUGAUAGUAAACUCUUAAACCACACUAUUUUUUCCCCCCCUCAAUGCUUGCCAAAUGAUGCCCCCUUUCAUGCUAAUUUUUUCUUUUUCUUUUUUAUGUAUUGUUACAAGAAUCUUGUCUGUAACAUUAGGAAUUUGGUCUAACAUGAAAAUGGCCGAUGUUGCCUUGCCCCAAUCUGUCAAAAAUAUAGUUGUAUUUGUUUGUUUCCCAUCAAAUGAAGAUUGUCAGAAAGAAAGGUAUCUCUGAUUCAACAAUGUUGCUAAAGUGGUUGAUAUAGAAAAAUGCAUCAAUUCUGUUGGCUUGA